GCCCCUCGCUUGCCAUCUUUUCCAGCGCGAGAUCUUCAUCCUUCGGGAGCUGGGCGCAGGCGAGAGGAGGUGGUGCCAGGGUUGUUGCUAGGUUACCGCGGGCAACAGAAUCGGGCUUCAGUUGCGCCUAUAAGGAUACUGAGGAACCACCUGGACCCGAGUAGCCAAGUAUCUUAGUUCAGGAAGAUGUCUAAACAGGAAGAAGAAUUUGAUGCUCAGGAUGCUCUUAAUGCAGCAGAAGAAAGUGACAACGCUUACGAGGCUAUCAAUAUUCCAGUUACGUCAGAAGACCUUCAGGAGUCAGAAGACAAUGAAUUAGAACCAGAGCCAUCUGGUGGUGGCCGGGUUAAGGAGCAGAGUGACCAGAGUUCUGCAAGCCUGCCAUCAAACGACGAAGAACAGCUCAUGGAAGAGGUUAUGUCUCCCGAACAGGUUUCACAGUCUCUAAGACAUUAUAAAGAGCCCUAUUUAACAGUCUAUGAUAAUGCAACACAGUCAGCCAAGGAGCAUUCAAAUGAUUAUGUGGCAUUUCUAGAAAAAAUGAAGGCUGUGAAGGAAACUCUAAAAACACCAAUGAUAGAUUCUUCAGCAACAGUAAAAAUUGUUCUUCUUCCUGUGGGCCAGGAAAUUAUAAUAUCUUUUAAUAUUGACAGCACUUUAAAAUACCUCAGGGAUCACUUUUCAUACUUACUAAAUGUGCCAUCUGAUGUACUGCAGCUAAGAUAUGCAGGAAAGAUUCUUAAAAAUAAUGAGACUCUACUACAACAUGGAGUUAAGACACAGGAUAUUGCACAAGUGGAAAUCUUUUCUACACUUCCAGAUGUAUAUCCAGUCAAAAGAAUAAAUAGGUCAGAUGAUGCCUCUCAAGUGAUAAUUGUCAGAGUACAAACUGGCACUAAUCGGUACCAGCAGGUAGCUGUUGAGAUUGUAAAAUCUGACUUUCACAAGCCAUUUCUUGGUGGAUUCAGACAUAAAAUAACAGGAAUAGAAUAUCACAAUGCUGGAACACAAACUGUACCUAAAAAGAUUCCUGAAAAACACAAUGUAUUUUGUAGGGAUACCCAGACAGUCUUUCAGAGAAGAAAGCUCCAACAAACUGUAAAUACAACAUCCACACAGAUGACUAAAAUUGGUGUAUAUGUAUCAAAUGUAACUGAUAAACUGGUAACUCCAGGAAGGUAUUUUUCAGCAGCAGAAUACCAUGCUCAGAGAUUAGCAGCGGUGAUAGUGUUACAGACUUACUAUAGACAAUGGCAUGCAAAAAACGUGGUAAAGAAUUUAAGAAGACAAAAAAUGUUAAGGUUAAAAUGGGAAGAACAGGAAGAACAAAGAAAGAUAGAAGAAAAAGAAGAAUGGAAGGCACUGGACUAUUACCGGAGGCAUAAUCCUCAAACAAAAGAAGAUUUUGAACUUUUGUAUAAUGCACUAGAAUUCUGGCGACAAGAAGAAGUGGCACGAAUUAACCAAUCUCUCACUGGAGCAGAAAGGAAAGCUGCUUUGUGUGAACUUCUGGAAAAAGAGAGCCAAAUUAUUGCUUCCAUUGGGAGACAUAGAUACAUUGCUUCUAAAGCAAACCAGGAGGCAAUGAUACAAGCUUUUUUGAAUAAGUGUUCAGCUCCAAAGAAAUGGAGAAGAUCAGACAGCAAAGUAAUUGAGAUGGAUACACAGUUCACUAUCAGAGCCAGAGAGCUACAAAACAUCUAUAAAUGCAUUAUUCUAAAAAAUCUCUCUCAAGAUGAGAGGCUGGAUGUACUGUUAACACUUAAACAUACUGUGAAGGAACAUGAAUGUAAACUGACCCAGGAAAUUCUAGAAUUGAUUGACAGAGAGGUUGACCUUAUGAUGAGAGGCGUCAAACAAGAAAACCUUGAGGGACUCAGAAAAAGAAUUGCAACUCUGUUUUUUCAUUACAUCAAAACUCCUCUGUUUAAUCCAGAAAUUUCAAGACACCUUAAGGUCCCUCAAGACCCACUGAAGUUUUAUAAGAAGAUUUACUAUUGCCAUAGUUGCCAGCUCUAUUUGCCUUCUACAGAGUUUGCUAUAUCAUCCACCUCACACCGCAUAAACAGGUGUCGUAAGUGCAUUAGCCUUGACAAUGAGUCUCAACAACGAGAAUCAUUCUUGAAGUACAAAUGUUUACUUCAGCGGCUCUACUCUUCAGAAGCUGAGUAUGAAGAUGAUUCUAAAAUUGCUUUCCUGAUGCAGCUGCAAGAUAUUCAGUACCUGAUUGAGAACAUCUGGGUGUCCCAGUCAGCACUCAGUGCCUGGAAUGACCUCAAUGACCUGGUCAUGGUCAGGUGGGACAAGUCCGUCGAGUGGUCCCCCUGGAACUGCAUUCUUCUCACCAAGGAUGAAGGUGUUGCUCAUCUCAAGCUAACAAGUAUUGAAGAGGGAUACAGACCCUCGUUUAUUCACAAGAUCAAGCACAAACAUUUCCUGGCUAAGAACUAUUUUUCUCAAAUCCCAGUCCUGGCUUCCUUUUUACUUGAGGAUCCUGAAGUAGAAGAGAUCAGAAAGAAACAUCACCCAGAAACAACAGUCAGGGUCAUAGAAUCCCCGAAGCCUGCUCCUUAGAAGACCCAGGAGUAUUGGUUUGAUGAUCAGUGUUUUUGUCCACUGCUAAUCGAAUAAUACGGAGGUCACACAAUAUAGAAAUAGAAUUUUUCAAGUUGAUUUUAAUUGAUUUUAGUAGUAUCAUAAGCUAUAUAAAGAGAAAACAUCUCUAUAUAAAUGCUUUAUUGUGGAACAAUUAAUGUUAAAUUGAAAUAUGAUUUUGCUACUAAAAUCAAUACUUUGAAGAGAACAUUUGACAUAUUUUCACAUUAAAAUUUUAAAAAUUUUCAGGUACAUUAUAGUUAAAAUUAAUAGAGUUAGUUAAUUCUAGGGUUAAUGUUCAACCCAAGAAUUUAUUUUAGAUAAUAUGUAGUUACAGAAGGACAGUCAGUGUAUAGGUGGGUGGGAGGAAGCAUUCUAGAAUUACCCUUUCUGUAAACCUUUACAGGUAACAUGAAAGACACUAUGUUUUAGUGUAGGGAUUUGAAUUUUCACUUUUUAUCUUCCACUUUCACCGUCCAUCCAUCUCUAAAUCUCAAGAAAACAGCCGAAACGAUUUAUAAACAAACAAGCAAAAGCUACAUUCCAUGCUGGAAAACAGGGUAAAGAGAUGAACUAUCUUUUAUUCUAUGGGAGAAAAACCCCUAGUGGGCCAAUAAUGAAAACUCUGUAGGAGGAAUAAACUUGAUUAAGGAACUAGAAUAAUCCCUUUCUCCAAUAAACGGAAAGAAUAACCUUGACCACAUGCAUGCCAAGGUCACUGUAGGUCUACAAUGAUGAACAAGGGUUUAUGAGUCAGUCUUAACAGGAGAUAGAUACACACUCAGCAUUUACAAAGGAACUGAUAAAGUGUGGGCAGUGUGUAGGGAAACUAUGGUGUAGUGCAGGAACCCAGGGCCGGUGUGAGAUGCAGUGUGUCUGCUCCUUGUCUGGAAUGAACCUGGGGAGGGAGAGUUCAGGAAACCCAGAAAGAGCAUGUGAAGAAGAUAACCGAGCAGACCAGAGACCAGCCCUAGGGUGACCUCAUGAACUAGAGAAAUAAAUACUCUGAUCUCACACCUCUCCCUUCUUCCAGUCUCCUCUUGAGUUUUCCAAUGAUGGAACCCCACCUCCUCCCAAAAGCAGAAGAAAUAGAAGUCUGCUGACAUAAUUUACAUAGCUUCAGGACAAAGAGCAGAGUGGAAAAUGGGGAGAGUGGAUCUGGAUGGCUAAGUAGAAGUUAUCAAGCUAGAGAGAAAAAAGGAAAUCUAAUUCAAGUAGCAAUAUUUCACACACUGCAACAUAAUUAUAUAAAUGUAUAUCUAAGGUUAACAGCAAGGAGGUACAUAUAAGAGAAAAACAAUAUUAAAAAUAUAUCACAGUGCAUAAUUUUAAACAGGUUAAAAUUCUCUAGUAAAGGAUAGUUAGCCUCAUCAUGUAUCAAAAAGGUGAGACAUGCUGUGUACCAGAUAUACACCCCAAAUAAAAUGACUUGUGAAGGUUAAAAAUUGCCACUCAUGCAGAUAGACAACAACAAACGGCGGCAAUAAUAUCAAGGAUGAAAUUGGGAAGAUGAAUCACACAGCAGAGGGUUAUUUAUCUUAGUAAAUUAUAAUUCACAAUAAAAAUGAAUAAUUAAUGUCUGUUAGAUACAAAAGUCAGCUGAGAAUUUUCCAUAGGCUUUGCAUGUUUCUGCAUGAAUUUUUGAGCUGAAGCAUUAUAUCUUGUGCGACUCACUUUCAAGGGUGUCUGUAAAGCAGUCUUGGAAGGCAUACUGUGUAUGGUUCACUAUGAAAGACUCAGAAUAGCUAAGCCCAGGACUCCUACCUGGUAAUGCAACUCACUGGGUGUGCAUGUGUCACCUGGACUUUGUGUCACCUGGACUUUGUGUCACCUGAAGGAAUUAGAACUAAAUGCUGAUAUUCUGUCUGCUGCUAUUUCUGUGAACAAUAAAUUGUGCUUUAUCUCUGA